UUUCCAUUCGCGUUCGGUCAGAUAACAAAACCCCCCAGCCGCACCGAAUGCACCCUAGCCGUGUUCGUGAUGCGGAGGAGGACCUCGCUCGGCGUCUUAUUACCAGCAGCCAACCCAGUUCUGCGCGGCGAGGUUCCCCAGCCCAACUACAAGCGAGCGAGCGAACUCGCGUCAAACAACCAAGCCCAGCCCCAUUGACCAAAUCGCUUUGCGCUUCCUCCCCUGUGCUCUGGAGCCUGGCAACUCGCUGCGAGCAAGUCAGGCUAUUUGGCGGUCAAUGCGCCGGUCUUUUUCAAGUGCCCCGAGGAGUGAGCAACCACCCCCUGGACAGGAGUAUUGUUGGUCAACAACAAGAAACGAUACAAGCGCCAGCCCACCGCAUUGGGCUGAGAAAGGUGAUACAGCUUCUUCAUCACGCUUCGCGAGCUCGCGCUGACGUUGCCCCGGUUCCGAGUGGGAGACCUUCAUUUGGAUUCAACUGACCGACGAACACAGGGGGAAGACGGAUAUUAGCACUGCCUGUCAGUUACUACAGUCGAGUGGUUCCUAGGUUCAUCAGGACCAUUAGAAGUUUCCAGGCAUUCACGCUGUCCAACAUCGCCAAAUGCACGCGUAAUAGCCUGACAACACCAGCCGGGAAUCUUUAUCUCUCUCUCUCUUUAAAUUGCCAUUCUUGUUUACUGACCACGAAGCGAGGAGGGACAAUCGAAUGCCUUCAUUGGAUAGAGACCGCUACAAACACAAUUGCGCCCAUCCGUGAUUUAUACAGUCAUUUCUCCCCGGCUUGUAACGGCAAUUGCGCCCAUUUAGCCUGAACCAGAGAACGGUUGCAGCUCGAUAUAUACCCCGCAAGUAGCCUACCUGCUCUAUUCGAGCUCUAUUAUUUUCUCCAAGAUGCAUCUUCGGACAGUAUUGGACGUGAAAGUGGUGGAUGUGGAGAAGAGACGUCAUCCCUCAAAGCAUUACGUGUAUCUCAUCAAUGUAACAUAUUCGGACACCACCUCCCACGUCAUCUACAGAAGAUACAGCAAGUUCUUUGACCUUCAGAUGCAGAUCCUCGACAAGUUCCCAAUCGAGGGAGGGCAGAAAGACCCCAAAAAGAGGAUUAUCCCUUUCUUACCAGGUAAGAUCCUGUUCCGCAGAAGUCAUGUGAGAGACGUGGCCAUGAAGAGACUGCGCUUCAUCGACGACUAUUGCAGGGCGCUGGUGAGGCUCCCCCCCCAGAUCUCCCAGAGUGAGGAGGUGCUGCGCUUCUUUGAGACCAAGCCCGAGGACCUCAACCCCCCCGUCGAGGACUAUGGCACCAAGCGCAAAUCAGUGUGGAUGUACGGCCUUCCUGAUAGCCCUACCAAGACGGAGGCCACAGGCCUGGAGAGCGGAGAGCCCAUGGUGCUGGAGCAGUACGUGGCCGUGGCCAACUACGAGCGGCAGGAGAAUUCGGAGAUAAGCCUGCAGACCGGCGAGCUGGUGGACGUCAUCGAGAAGAGUGAGAGCGGCUGGUGGUUCGUGAGCACUGCUGAGGAGCAGGGAUGGGUUCCCGCCACGUAUCUGGACUCGCAGAACGGCACCAGAGACGAUCUGGACCUGAGCACCAGCAGAACCGGAGAAGUCACUAAGAGGCGCAAGGCUCACCUGAAGAGGCUGGACCGCCGAUGGACACUGGGGGGCAUAGUCAACCGGCAGCAGAGUCGAGAGGAGAAGUAUGUGACGGUGCAGCCCUAUGCCAGCCAGGGGAAGGAUGAGAUUGGCUUCGAGAAGGGAGCCACCGUGGAGGUCAUACAGAAGAACCUGGAGGGCUGGUGGUUCAUCAGGUACCAGGGCAAAGAAGGCUGGGCGCCGGCCUCCUACCUGCGCAAGAUGAAGGAGGACUUCUCCUCGCCCUCCUCCUCCCGCAACAGCAGCGGCGGCAGCAAGAAGACGCUGACCGGCCCCGUGGAGAUCAUCGGCAACAUCAUGGAGAUCAGCAACCUGCUCAACAAGAAGUCCGUCAGCGAGAAGGACGUGCAGACGGACGGCGGCAGCGGAGGCGGUGGUAGCACGGGCGGAGACGUCACGCCCGAACGCCACAUCUCCAAGAGCGAGAUCAGCCUGCCCAUACCAUGUGGUGGUGGUGGAGCUUCGACCACCGAGGCCACUGCUGGUGCUGGAGGUGUUGUUGGUGGUGGUGGUUGUGGCAAUCGCGGUAGCCGUGGUAGUAUCGGAGAAGGAGGCUGUGUUGGUGUUGGUGGUGGCACCAAUGCGACUGUGUCGUUGGGGGCGAGUGUGAGUCUGUCCGGGCCUCCUCCUGCUCUUUCGGGCCCCACCUCGGCUCUCCAUCACGACAUCAGCAUCAGCACCAGUAGUAUCGUCAGCAGCAGUGGCGGCGGCAGCAGCAGCAAGCCCAGAGCUGACCCGGGGUCCCCUGCCAUCGCACGCGUGGCCCCACACAGAGUGGAGAUAGGUUCACCAAACCUACGUCAGAAGCCUCCUCCCCGCCGGGACGCCAACCUGGGCUUGCACUUGCCAAAGCCACCAGAGCCCCCUACUGUCGAGGCCGAGUACUACACCAUCGCAGAGUUCCAGUCCAGCAUCUCAGAUGGCAUCAGUUUCCGUGGAGGACAAAAGGCUGAUGUGAUCGAGAAGAACUCCAGCGGAUGGUGGUACGUGUCCAUCGGCGAGACCGAGGGCUGGGCUCCCUGCUCCUAUAUAGACAAGCGCAAGAAGCCCAACCUCAGCCGGCGAACCAGCACGCUCACCCGGCCCAAAGUCCCUCCCCCAGCCCCGCCUGUCAAGAAACAAGACUCCACCGACGACACCUCCUCUCUGUGCGGCGUUGGUGGCGGCAGUGGUGGUGGUGGUAGUAACCGAGCUUCCACGUGCUCCACCAAAGCCCAAGAAUCUCCCAGCAGGCCUGUGUACGAGGAACCAGAGUACGACGUACCCGCCAUCGGCUUCGACCUGGACUCUGACAAUGACUCCCUGAAGGGAGAGUGCACGGCGGAGGUGAGGACCAACGGAGGAAGCAGGCCACACGGUGGGAAGUACCCGCCCCACCACCAUCAUGUCUACCACUCCGCCACCCUGGGCACCUCGCACUCCCAGAAGAACUCCCCGUUCCGGGUCGGGCAGUCCCUGGAGGACAUCUGCCGCGAGGAGUCCAUCUAUGAGAAUGACGGCUUCCGACCCUUCUUGCCCGAAGACUUUGCUCCGUCCAAGGACUCCAGCGGGCACGAGUCGGACUCCCCCAAGGUCCAGUCCAACUCCUCCUCUCCCCUGGCCCGCAAGUUCCAAGGCGGGUCCGUUUCGGUGUCUGUCUGCUCGUCCCCCGGCAGCGGAUCCAGCAAGCCCCUGAGAAAGGUGACCCCUGACCUCUCCCGCAGCCAAUCCCUGAACAGAGGAGACGAGACCAGCCCCAGGUCUUCUUCCGACGAGUCUGGAAGCCGAGGCUUCCGCAGACAGGCCAGUGCCAGACGCAGCGGCCGAGCAGACGAGGACUCCAGAGAAAGCCUCACGUCGUCGCAGAGUCCCCUGGCCCGCCCCAAGCCUGUGGUCCGGCCCAAGCCACUGCUGACCAAGUCGGAGCCACAGAGCCCAGAGAGGAUGGACAUCAGCACCCUGCGUAGGCAGCUCAGACCCACAGGUAGCCUCCGCGUCUCUAGCCUCAGACCCGGAGGAGGAGGUGGUGGCGGCCGCGGAGGUGGAGGUGGUGAGGACUCCGAAACGGCCUCGGUGGUGUCGUCCGAGGACUCGGCCUCGUCCCGCAGCACCUCCGACCUCUCCAGCAUCUACUCCAAAGGCAGCCGCGGCGGCGACUCGGACCUGGAGACCUGCUUCUACCGCACCACGGACGCCUACCAGCGCGCCCAGGACUCGGAGAUCAGCUUCCCGGCCGGGGUGGAGGUGGAGGUGCUGGAGAGGCAGGAGAGCGGCUGGUGGUUCAUACGCUGGGGCCACGAGGAAGGGUGGGCGCCCACCUACUUCCUGGAGCCCGUCAGGCAGCCUCCCGGUGGCGAUCACGACCCCAUGGACGGCCCACUUCUCGGGGAGCUGGGAGGACGAGGUGGAGGGGGAGGUGGCAGUGGCAGCAGCCGAGGAGGCUCCAAGUCCAACAGCCUGGAGAAGAACGAGCAGCACGUCCAGGUGCUGAACAACCUCAACCAGCGCCACCAUCACCACUCGCCCCCGAUCCCUUCAAAACCUCCAGGGGGAUUCCACAGGUCCACCGCCCACACAGGAGGCUUGACUAAUGGGGCAGGACUGGGCUCGGGCUCGGGCUCGGGGACGGGGACCGGGAGCGGAACAGGGGUGCGGAUGAGGAACGGCGUGCGCCAAGCUGCCGUUCGCCCUCAGUCGGUGUUCGUGUCCCCACCGCAGCCGGUGAAGGACACCAACAUGCACGCCAACACGGGCUCCCUGCGCCGCAACGAGUCCAUGGGAGCCACGGACGGCAUGCACCGCUCCAGUACCGGUGUCCGACGCAACUCCUCCUUCAACGCCGUACGGGCUGCGCAGAGUGGAUCGGCGACCUUGGACAGUCGGGGAAGGUCGUCCACCACCAUCGCCGCAUCAGGUAGCAUUAGCUACAACAGCGCCACCCUCGGUCACAGCAGCAGCAGCAGCAGCAGCCAGAGCCAUAGCAACAGCAGCAGCAUCAUCGGCGUCCAGAGAAACGGCAUCCCCGUGUCCACCGUUCGGCCCAAGCCCAUCGAGAAGUCGCAGCUCAUCCACAACACCCUGCGAGAGGUCUACGUGUCGAUCGCCGAGUACCGAGGAGAUGAGGAGACCAUGGGGUUCCCGGAGGGGACCAACCUUGAGGUUCUGGAGAAGAACCCCAACGGCUGGUGGUACUGCCAGGUGCUGGACGGCCUGCACAACCGUAAGGGCUGGGUGCCCUCCAACUACCUGGAGCGGAAGAAAUGAUCGCUGCCACACUUAAAGGUAGGGUUGCAGGUAUGACAUCACGUUGGGGGAACUCCCCCAGGAUUCUAAGGUUCUACAUAGACUCAUAUAGAGCCUGGGGAGCCCCAAGGUGAUGUCAUAAUAGUACAUAUUCUUAAAAUGGUUAAUCUGCAACCCCACCAUUAACGCUCCUUCCCCAAACUUGAAGCCCUGUAUGUUACACUCGGAUUAUAUGAUAUAUCGAUUGCUUCUGGUUGAUUAUCUAAAGUGCAAGAAAUGAUUGUUGCCAGACCAAUGCAUCAUCAUUCUACGGAACGCUUAGUGACUCGUUUCGUUAUGCUCAGUGGAUUAAUUGGUUGAUCGAUCAACUGAUGGCUUGAUGUGUCAAUUAAGUGUAAACAAACAGAGUGAAGAUAUUUUUUUGUUUUUGAUGUGGUUUUCUAUUGUUACCUUAAACCGAACGAAAAAUGUUUGGAUUUACAAGUGAUGGAGCAAUUGUGGAAGGUAUAGGACAAUGGACCUGGGAAGAAAGGACUUAAAUUGGAUGCAACGAACGGUUGUAACUUCAGGAAAGACUUGGUCAAGUUCGUCUUCAGUUUUGGAGAGAGGAGAAAAUAGUGAAAAUAUACAUCUUAUAAAUGGGGGUUUACAUAAAAAAAGAAAAUAUCCUACAUUGAAGCAGGAUGAUAUCCUUGCACAAUACCUGAUUUUUUUUUGUUCAUGCCAAAAGGGUGCCUUCUUUCGAGCGACAGUGGGUUGAAUGCCUAGCGGUAUAUCAAGCGAUCACCAGUGAAUCGAACAUAAAGUACCAAAUCAAAAGACACUGUGCCAUAGAUUUAUGUGCAUGGAAAUCACCAAAAUUAUCUAUUUUUGAAACCAAUUUAACCUUUUAGAUUAAAAAAACAACUAAAUCAGAAAGAAUAUGUGUUAGUGUUUUUCGCAGUAGAGAAGAGUUGCAAAUGUAAGAUCGAUCACUCACAAUGCAAUGAAUGAGAAUGUUAUGUACGCAGUUCACAACAGAUCAUGCUGUGUCAGAGCUCUUUGUUAGCAGCAAAGACAAAGACAACUUAAAGGAGAUCAGGAAACCAACAAAAACUUAAAUCUCCUGUACUUUUUUUAAAAAGUAAAAAAAAAAAAACUUUGUUGUUAUUUUUUGUAUGUUAUUGUUUUUUUGUUAUUUUAUUGUUUCAUGUAUGUUUGUGUGAGAGAGCGUCCGUGUGCGUGUGCCUGCGUGUGCAUGUGUGUGUGUUCCUUAGAGAUGUAUUUCUGCUUUCUUGUGACAUCGAACCUAAACUGUCAGCCUACGUUAAGCACCACACCAGGACUAUUAGGGGUGUCGGAAGGGUCCUGGAUUGUGAAGGAGAUCUUAUUGAGGCUUAAAGAAUUGGCCAUCGUCAUUCACCUCUGUCCUAACCAGACAUACACACAUACACUUUAUAAUAGCAAUGCAUUCAAAAUAAAGUAACAAAUUGACUACAAUGCAUUAUGAGGGCGUAUUUUCUUCGAGUUUAAAAAACAACCCCUUUGGAAACAUCUGCCCAAGUCUUGAAACAUACAUACAAUAAGUUUACAAAAAUAGGUUGAAGUAGAUCUUUACUUUCAUUUGAUCAUAGUUUGUUUUAUUUUAAUGAGCAAACAAAAACUAGUCUAGCAGACAAAACAAAACUGUGUAUACUAUAUUUGCUGCUUGUAGCUAGUUUGUUGUCACUGGUAUUGUGGCAUACAGUAGCCUACGUGGAAGGACAUAUACUGGAAACAACACAUAAUGCUAGCCAAGCAGUCCCAGGGAGGUAGUUACUGGACAUACACAUUAUGGAGCCCAAAAUGUGAUCUAACCAAAUAGAAAUACCAACAUGUUUUUUUUUCUUUGCUAAUUUGUAUAGUAGCCUAUUAGUAUAUUUAUUUUAGCGGGUACUGGAAAUACAGUGUAUUCAUCGGACUACCCAAACGAGGUUUUCAUAACUGAAAAUAGGAAAAUAAAAAAAGUAUUUAAUUGAGUUAUCUGGAAGCACUUGAUUUCUUCUUUCACCCAAAGAAAAGCACAGAUAUGCAAGGGCUAGCUUCAAUAUAAAUAAACAAUAUUGCUGGGCAGUAUUGCGAUAGAAGUUGGGAGUUCUAUAAUGGGCUGUUUAAAAUCACUUUGCCUGUCAUAGUGAAAACGUUUGUUUUCUUUUUCAUCUAUGAGAAUUUAACAAAAGAGAAAAUAUUGUAACAGUUUAGUUAACAAAUUGGCAAGCAAUCCCUGUUAUUGGAGUAUUCGCUUAUGUCGAGACAGCUUACAAACAUCUCUCUCUCUCUCUCCUUGUCUGUCUACCCUAUCCAUCUCACAUGCGGAGACUGAGAUCAUGUCCUCUUAUUAUUAUCAAGCCCCAAUGACCUGGUCUAUCAAAUGGCUGAUGUUCAAGACUGCUGAAAUAUUUUUCUAAUGAAACUAGUGUGGACUCAAACAAUGGGCCGAACACUAACUUGUAUUUUUUUUUCCGUUUCGUUUUCUGCUGGACAGUAUUAUAGUAUUAAACAAAGUACCUGCUAGAUUGCAGUUAUAUUCGUUUGUGUUUAUCAUUUUUUUCGAAAAGCAAAUGUUGUUUUGUUACCGUUGCUGUGCGAUCGCACAGGCACAAUAAUAAUGAAAGAAGUGGUUCGUUUUUGUGAGUUGAUGCACUUUUUUUUUCUUCUUGGGGGGAGGAAAGUGCAUUAACGCAAAGAUGCAGUCAUCACACUCAGCACAUUAUUUAUUGAAAACAAUUAGCUCUUUUUUUGAAAAAAUAUUUAUGGAUUAUUUAAUUUUUGUUUAUUUUUUUAUACCUCUGUACACAGAUACAGUAUGGCGGUUCUUUUUACCAUUACAUGGUGAGCUCACGGUCGUCUCAUUUUCCGAGGCAGUGUGGCGUCCCUUAGUGAUGAAAAUGUGUUGCUACAGCCUUCUCAUUAUUUCUGCUCCUAAGGGGGUAUUCCAUGAAAGAGUGGUAAAGCAGGUUUAGCUAACCGAGGUAGUGGUAAAUCAUGUAAUAGAAGAGGCUGCAGUCCUCAUUUUCUUAACUAAAUGACACAUAUGGUCUCUUUAUUAUCAGGUUUACCAUAUCAUGUAGGUUAACUAGCCAGGGGUCCGUAUCUCGAAAGCGUCUUUGCUAAUGAUGGGAGCAACGUCCUUCGUAAGAGCGACUUAAUUCUCUCUCGACAGUGACGCUCACCACUAAAUCCAAGGGAAAGGUAUGUCUUAAGACGGUUAGCAACAACAAGAAUCGUGAAACGGACCCCAUGUUUGUCACUUAAUAUUCUUGGAAUACCCCUGGAAGUGGAGAUGGCAAUAAUUUACCUCCACUUAAAAAAAACCCUGGAAUACAUCCCCUGCACCGUGGGAAAACAAAGCAAAAACAAUGGAACAUAUAAUAAUUGAAUGUUUUUUUUCCUAUUCUAAAGCAGCUAAAAAUAACUUUUUUUGUAUCUUCAUUGGCCAUUUUUUGCCAACUUUCCCAAAUUGUUUUUCUAAAGCUGUGUGCUGCAACGUCUUUGCAACUAUGGACACUUCCUCUGUUGUUAUUGCACCGACCAUAAUGCCUGAUCCUGUUUUAUACUUUUUAAAAUAACAUCUCACUCAUUAAUGGGCCUAAAUACAAGUACCCAUAUUCAUGGGAGUAUUUCUAUAUUCACAGAAAAAGUCAUACAUCCAACUGAAAAAAAACUCUUGUGGGGAAAAGUACCAUCUUUCUCAAAGGAGUUAUUUGCUUACAAAUUCCCCUGAUUUUUUUAAAAUCACUUUACACUCUUAUAUUUCACUUGUUUUUGUAGUGUUAUGUAAGUUACACCAGAUUUGAUAAUUGAUUCCAUUAUUGUCUUGGUACUUUUUAAUAUUAGUCAAGUAUUGAUCAAUUGAAUUAUGAGUCCCAUUCCCACCCCAGUCUAAACAAAAUAAUUUCCUUUGACGAAGGCAUUAUGGACCUGUGUCGACCCACUCCAACACUAUUAACGGAUAAAUGUGUCUUUUGUUUCAGUAAAUUCAAUUUACACUGCUUUAAGCGUGCUGCGAAUUACAAGGGAACCGUUGUGUGUGUCUAGCUAUAGGCCUUCAAAAAACGCAUUUAGUUGUGUAUCGGCUUUAACGUCAACUGUUUUUGUUUGUACUCGUUAUUUUUUACUAUUAUUUUAUCUUUCAAUCUGCAUAACUAUUGUAAUUUAAUCUGUUUAUUUUCCUGUUUCAUUUUCCCUUUUCUUUGUUUGUUGACAUGAUUCAAAUGUAUUAACGAGGAAAUGUGCAAUAGAAAAUAGGCAUCUCACCUGAAUUUGCGGGAAAAUAAUAAUCACAAUUUCUUUUGUUUAUUUGGGUCUUUUAUAUUUUGGUUCGUUUAUUUGAUUCGUCUUGUCUAUGUUAACUGCAUCUUUUACAUAAUCAGUGGUAAUUUCAAAUGUUAUUGGCGUGUGAAAUGUCACUGCCGCUAUUACCGUAAUGUAUGCAGUAUAUUGACAUGCCCUCCAAUUGCACAAAAUACCGUAAUAACAUUAGUAUUGUUUUCUUUUAGUCAAAAGAUGGGACAGCUACAGUCAUUGAAGUUCUUCACCAAUAUUUGACCGGACUUGACUUAAGCCAUCAAAAAACUAUGUCUAAGCACCCACACCCUAACAUUGCGUGUGUGUGUGCAUGUGCGUGCCGUGUACAGUGGCGGAUGUACAGUACCCAAUAUAUGAUUAGACCCCCUUAGGGGUCUUACACACCAGGGCGGUAAAGCGUCGCGGAACGGCCGCGUUUUUUACCGGCGUCGGUGAAAAUACAUUGAAACAUAUCUGUCCUUACACACCAACCGGCGGUAGUCGAGCGUCAGCGGCGUGGGAGCCGGCUCCGCGCCGCGCUGCAUUUGGAAAAUAGAUCUCGAGCGUAUUUUUCACGCCGGCGACCGACGGUGUCUCAUUCAAAUGAAUGGCAAGGUAGCAUACUAGCUUUGGCUGCGGUGAGGGUUUUGAAUAGGACUGGCCACGCACGCCGACGCUGUCAGUGUGAAAGGCAGAGAAAAACACGCCGGCCAAAACUAAGCAGAAAGACCGCCUUGGUAUGUUUUGGCCCUUACAGUACGAGCUGAUAGACAAGCUUGAGUGAUCAGUCACCUAGGCAACUGGGGGAGCAGAGUGACAGAGUGGGAGUGUGUCACGCACGCACACACGCACACGCACACACACACACACACACACACACACACACACACACACACACACACACACACACACACACACACACACACACACACACACACACACACACACACACACACACACACACACACACACACAGUGGCACCUUUUUCUUCCUUGGCCAUCCAUCAAUCCUGCUGUUGCCAUGACAAUUGCAAUGACAUGUCCAGUCGUGUCUUUGUCCUGGACUGAAAAUGCCACAAAGACACUAACUGAAAUCGACUUUGCUUCUUCAUAGACUGCCACAUGCACCAGGCGUCUACCGUAUUUGUAGGACAGCAGCAGACACAUUUGUUUUCAAUUUUCAGACAGAAUUGAUCAUUGAGUCAUUUGAUGAUCACAUAUUUUGUCAACAAGUUGAAUGGGCUUGCAGAGGUUUAUCGCUUACACAGUGUGAAUGUGCGUGUUCCAACUGUAGUAGGCCUAAUCAUCUCUUCGCUAUUAGCGUAGAUUUGACUUUAAGCAUAGAUGUUAGCUUUUUAGCUAGUUUAGUUUAGCUUGUAGGGAUGUAGCUAUGCUACCCUGUCUUGAAUUGCCCUACCUUUCUAUACUUUGGCAGAAAUCCAAGAUGUUAAUGUUCGUCAUUGAUGGGACUAGACAGACCCUAUUACUUUUGUAUCAUUUUAGCGUAGCUACAUUUUAUUCUCUGUUUCUUUUUUGUUUUCCUACUUUAUUCACCUUGUAUAAAAACUUAAGAUUUUGGUGUCCAUCAGUCUGGGAUCUUACAAAGAAGUCCCUAUGAGAAACGAUGGUCAGAGAAGGGAUAGACAGGUGUGUGUGUGUGUGUGUGUGUGUGUGUGUGUGUGUGUGUGUGUGUGUGUGUGUGUGUGUGUGUGUGUGUGUGUGUGUGUGUGUGUGUGUGUGUGUGUGUGUGUGUGUGUGUGUGUGUGUGUGUGUGUGUGUGUGUGUGUGUGUGUGUGUGCGUGCGUGCACGUGUGGGUGUGUGUGCGUGCACGUGUGUGUGUGUGUGUGUGCAUGCGUGUGUAAGUGCGUGCUUGCGUGUGUGUAGACAGUGUUGUCUGUUGGCAGGGUUUGAGGGGUGAGAAUGUUGGGAGUAUGUUGGAGGUGGUGUUUAGUGUCGGGAAGUUGAGACAUAGUGCACAAAGCCCACUUGCAGAGCUUACAGUAGGCCACUUUGGCAAAUAUGGGGGGUUGCACCCUCGUACCUGGGCUUCUUCAAAUGAUGCUUAGGAAAGCAAUGUUUCCGUAAGAAGCCAUGGCUACUAUCCCUGUUACAUCGCGUAGGUACCAUGUGUAACAUGUUAUGUGCAUUUUAUUACAUACACUGUACCAUAGAUUUAGAGUUAGCGUUAGUUUUGUACAGUGCAAGUACGUAAUAUUAUGUAAUAUUAUUGGGGGAAAAACAAAUAUUACCUAGCUCUGCUUGAGGGGUUGUUGCUCUGUGUAGGGAGGGGAGUCGUUUUUGAGAAAGUUUGUUGUACGUGCACUCGGGUUGUGAGGUGUGUGAUACACAGGGAGAGUUUUAAGUAGGUUUUUGAUUUAGCGUGGUCAUUAUUUUUUUAAAUGUUAUCUUAGUUUUAUUGCAUUUUAUGUCCCCUGUUGAGCGCAAAGGUGGCUUCAUAAGGUAUUGAUUAAAUCUGCUUCUUACUUUCGACUUGGUCUAAUUGUGGUUUCAUGCCCUUUAGGCUUACUAAACGUUGUUACGAUAGAGUAGUGUCAGUCUGUUGUUCCUUUCAUUCUUUUGAUUACAUUAUUCGAUUUGUCUGUCAUCGUCAGUGACAGACAAACUGGGUGUCUGCCCUAUAGUCACAUUGCUUAAUUGCCAUCUAUUUUUGUUUUAAAAUUUCCUUUUAGAAGUAGAACUAACCGAGUGUAGCUUGUUAGUCGUUUCAUAAUCAUGUUCUUCUGUUCUGCAAAGACACAGUUAGGGCUUUCAGGCCAACCAGAACGGAGCCGGUGCCGGCACUAAAGUGCUUAUUUGCGAACCGCCCGUGUUCAUACCAGGCUCUGGACUUUUUCCGCAUGCGACUUUUUACCCGGAUGAACCUGCUGAUGACCACGUUGUCGUCACGGUUUGCGGAGAAAAAAAAGGUAUUUUGCAGUUCGCAUUGCGAACCAACUUUUCGGUUCGCGAACGCUAAUAUCUGUGGCAUGAACAUGCUUCCUGAUAAGGUUCCCAGUGAGUCACACUGAGAGGUCAAAGGAGCAUUUUGAAGUCAUAUGAUGUCCAAAAGACAGUUUUGUGUUCUGCUGAAAACCAAUGCUGCUGCUGUCCUGCAGAAAUGUACUAAUUCAUUCACACACACACACACACACACACACACACACACACACACACACACACACACACACACACACACACACACACACACACACACACACACACACACACACACACACACACACACACACACACACACACACACACACACACACACAGUCCCUUAUCCAACUCCUCAAACAUGACUGUAGAUGGACCAAUUUCGGUGCUAUAUUUUUGAUUGAUCAUUGUGGAGAAUCAGCUUUAUCAGAAUGUUUUUAUUCGGUUUAAUUUUUAUUUUGUUUUAGGAGGGUUUUUUGCUGCAUGUGGUUUGUAUCUCUGCUUUCAAAGGAUAUGGUUUCACAGUACUGUAGAGCUUGGCUUCGGGAUACAGCCGUGACAGGCCAAGCCGUCAUGGUUUGGACACGAAUGAAAUCAAAUAAGAGCGAGAGAUAAUUUGCUUGUUGAAAUACAAUAAAGACGACCUUGGCGUUUUAAGGCUUGUAAAGCUCAGUGGAAUAAUAUUUGCAUUUGCGAAAGUGAAGUGAAAGUGAGAGAGAUAGUGGGAGGGAAUUAAAUUGGAUUACUCCUUAUACAAUGUUUCUAUUCCCACCAAAACUCUCGUUCUUCUCUUCUCUUUCCCAGGCUGUGGAGUUUCCUUUGAAAGCAAGAGAUGUUUUUAUUUUUAUUUCUUUUUUUUAUUUGUUUUACAGCUCAUCUUCCAAAAAAAGAACAAAAAAGGUUUAAAAAAAACAAAACAAAAGUCUUUUGCUUUAUCUUUUGGUUCUUAUGUUUUUGUUGUUGUUCUGUAUCAUGUUUACAUUGUAUCUUGCAUUGCCCUAAAGAAAAAAAAAC